AUGGUUGGCAUUACUCCGCCGUAUCUGUUCUCGCCAGUCAACCAGCAGGACAGGGAUCCAAGCUACGACUUUGACCCAAAGGCCGUUACGCGUGCAAGCUACUACUCGAUCGCCUCUUCAACGUCGACUCUUAGACCCAAGCAGGAGGGUCCACUGAUCGACUUCAACAGACACCCUGAUAGCUACAUCAUCGUCCCUUCAUCCCGUCCCAAUGUCCCGCCUAUGCACCCAAACACAAAGCAGAGGAUCAAUACGGCUAGAUGGAUCCAGUUUGCUCUUCGUCUGCUUCAGCUCGCUGCCGCUCUGGGAUCCCUGAUCUGUGUCAUCAUCAUCAGAGGCGUCAAUGAUGUUCAGGGUUGGGUACUCAGGGUUCCUGUGAGCAUAAUCCCACUUUCAAUUCUACUCCUUGCCCUUGCUGACUCAAUCAACAACAGNCCUGCCGUGGAUGCUGUAGUCUGUGCUUAUGCCCUCUACAAUCUCCAGCGCUCGCCAAGAAGACGUCCUGCAACCUCUUCGGCUAGUUACAAUGCCUUCUCUUUCUUUGUCGACAUUGCCAUGUUGCCUUUCUAUGUCUUCAUUGCCUUCUUCACGGCUACUAACUGGACAAUGUCACCGGGUGCCGAGGGUCGAUGGUCCACUUUCUUCCACUCAGCCUCUCAAGAUGGCAAGGUGCUUGAGUCGGCCUUCCUUAUCGGCACUGUGGCAGGCGCUUUGCAUUUGUUCAGCAUCCCCACUGACGUUUUCCUGUUCUCAACCUUCAAGAAGAUUGCUGAGUAUCCUCCUGAUAUGAACCCGCUGGAGGCCAACCUCACUAGUAGGAUCAAUCGCAAGCACACGUACAAGAGCAGCGAUGCAUCGGCAUCCGUGUCCGAGCAAAGACUGGCCAUGUUGAGCGGCAGCUCCUUGAGUCUCAGCAAUCCUACGCGUGUCUCCAACCAAGACAAACUCAUCCCCGAGGCCAAUGUCAGACCCAUGUCCUUCUACCAAUCACGCACCAACCUGGAUCCCAGCUACUCUGGCCAUACUCAGGACUCGGCUCGUCAAUCCAGGUUUGAAUAUCAGCAACCUCCCUCAGCAUAUGUGUCGCAAACCAGCAUGCAUCGCACCUCGCAGUCUCAUGAGCGUGAGCGCUCCCGUUCGCGCUCCUCUCGACCUCAGUCGUUCCAGCGAUACGCCAACCAAAGACCCACUACUCGCGACUCUGUCCACGAUCCAAUGCCAACUCGUCCUCUUUCCUUCAUCACUGCUUCAGAGAAUUUGAGCCGCACUGGAACUCCUCAAUCUGGUCGUGCCAGUCAACAGAACCAACCUGCAAAAGCUUUGCUUAACGACAACUGGUUUGUCAUUGCUGAUGACGAUGCCGACUUGUCUUCUCCUCGUCGCACCCCUGUCCCUGAACUCGUGUCCGACCGCGACUCUAGUCCUGAAGCGCACGAGCCUAAUGCUAGUCAGCUUCGUUUUGCCAGCGAGGAGUACAACGAGCUUCUGCCCAAGCCCCUUCGCAUGCACCCUCCCACUCCUCCGGAGCGUCCCUUUGAUGCGGCCGAUUUCUACUUUGACGACAUGCCCAAUGGUACUCUCGAACUCGACGAUUACUCCCUGCGUCAGACUCCAUCCAACACAAGCAUUGGACGUGCUUUGAGUCCUCCAGCCCCUGAAGCUGCUGCCGUAUCUGCCAAGUCAUCGUUCUACUCUCAAAACCCCGACGAGACCAGCCGCUCCAGUACUCCCAAAGCCAAGCGCUAUGGCAACCUGACUCCUGCUAUCAAAGAGCUCCAGGAACAGACCGUGCCUAGAGGCCAAGGUCGUGUCGUCAGCAGGACUGGCGUCGAUAUUGCUGAUGCAAGCGUGCUCUACCUCUCAUCUGACGAUUCCUUCGGCACCCGCGCUCGCAACGUGAGCGGCAAGGUUGCUGAGGAAGGUCUCGGCGGUGCAUGGGCUAGGAAGAGACAUGUCAGUGGAAAGGCAUGA